UUCACGGGCGCCAUACAAUAGAAGGGCGUCAGCGGUGAUGGGCGGGGCUAGGAUGAUGGGAUGGAAACAGCGCUGAUGUUACACGACAUCGGAAGUCUGGCUUCUACCUUUCAUCCUGUCCCUCAGCAACAACCCGGCAACUCUCAGCUUAUCCGUUCCUGUAUGUAGCUUUAUUGUCACUAUGAUCUGGCUCCUGCUUCUCAGCCCCCUCUGCCUCCUUCUGCACGGGGCGGGUGCCAUCUCCUUCUAUCUGCCUCCUGGGAGCAAGAAGUGCCUGAAGGAAGAGAUCCAUAAAGAUGUGCUGGUGACCGGGGACUACGAGGUUGCCGAGCAGCAGCCUGCACUGAUCACCCACCUCAGGGUUACGGACUCAGCAGGACAUAUUCUAUAUUCCAAAGAGGAGGCAAAGAAGGGGAAAUUUGCCUUCACUACAGAUGAUUAUGAAGUGUAUGAAGUUUGCUUUGAAAGCACAGGCUCAUCUGAUGCUCUGAGAUCUGCAGAUCAGCUAAUUAUACUGAAUGUGAAACAUGGUGUGGAAGCUAAGAAUUAUGAGGAUCUGGCUAAAGCAGAGAAGCUGAAACCACUGGAGGUGGAGUUGAGGCGCCUUGAGGACCUGUCAGACUCUAUUGUCAAAGACUUCACUUACAUGAAGAGAAGAGAAGAAGAAAUGAGAGACACAAAUGAGUCAACCAGCCUCCGUGUCCUCUACUUCAGUAUGUUCUCCAUGUUUUGUCUUGUUGCUCUUGCUACCUGGCAAGUCUUUUAUCUGCGGAGAUUCUUCAAGGCUAAGAAACUCAUCGAGUGAUUUGUGGAGUGAGAUGAGAUUUUAAUAACAGGCACAAAAAACACAUUCUUUUGCCAAGGAACUGUAAAGAAUUGUAAAUCUGAAGUGCAGGUGGUUCUUGUAUGAUUGGAGGUUCCUUAUAGUCAGAUAUACAUUAAAUAUGACCAAGUUGAAGAUAAUGGGAGGGGGGUGCUUAUGGAAACCAGGUGCACAGUUAACUGCAGACAGAUACGUUGUCACUUUACAAAAAAAAGAAUGUCUGGUUGCUCAGGUUACGUCAUCUUUGUAUCACAUGAACAAGCUCCCCAGUAUUCAAGUAAGUCACAAGUAUAUACUGAGGAGAUUCUCCAGUUCUGGCUGUUACAUAAAUUAUGAAGAGAUUCAAUGUUUUCAGUGAGGUAAGAAUAAGGCGGAUUUCUCAUUUCCCAGAUCUGUUACAGACUUUACAUGCCACAUCUGGAAUCCUUUCCUCCUAGGGGUAUUUAUAAUCCAGUAAUACCAGUGUCCCCACUUCUAAUAUUGACAUGCCCUUGUGUAUGCAUGGAUUCCCAUUUCUGUAUGGAAAAUAUGAAUGUUACAUUGUGUGAGCAAGUAUUGUGCUGUGUCAUUGUACGAGAACUAUCUCUGUAUUCCUGAGAUACACAAAUCACUGACCAUCACCCAGACGCCCUGCAAUAAACUGUACCUGGUAUUUUCUGUGAACAUGAUUUCUAAUGAGCUAUUUUUACAAUAAAAGUCUUUUCUUUGAGUUCAA